CAAUCUUCCAUGCCAUUGCACCAGGCGGUCUUACUGUACUACAUUCAUAUAUGCCGCCUGGCUAGUUGUUUGCCAGCGUUACACGUUAAAAUAUGUGUAACAAUCAGGACGCCUUCAUUCGUAAACAUGGGUCAUAUAAACUAUGCAGUGCUCAUCUUUUCCUCUGCAUUUAACCUUGCUCUUUGACGAAUUUGGUCCACGUAAUGAGGAUAUGUCGCCGGUCCAAGGACUUCCUUGCAACGCAAACGUAGUUGUAUAUUUUCCUUUCGACAUUUAUCAGCAGUUGGCGGUGGCACUAGGGGGACCAGCCAAUCUAAUGAAUGCAUUAUUUCCGUCCUCUGUGGACGUACAGGUUAACAACGGCACUACGGACAUCCAUUAUCGUUGGCGCAUAAGUCGUAUCCUACCUGCCCAAAAUCAUUUCCCCGAUGCUGUCUUCAAUGAUUACUUGAGUCCGCAGGACGCAAGAGUGACCUCACAAUUUUACGAGAACACGUACCCACCUUAUCAAGCGCCGAGUCCCAUGCGCUGGGAGCAUGUAGCAACAACCCUUGAAACAGGCUCUCCUGGCUUCGAAACUGCACUUGGUGACCUCAACGGCCAAGCUGCUCUUCAAGUUCAACAUCCUGUGUUGCCUCUGGAGCUGCCCUCUACUAUACAGCCCCUUCUUCCUUCGGCAUCCUCCAGUACUGUUAUCCUUCCUUUCAACGCCCAGCCACCUCUUCUUGAUGGCAGCGCGACCUUACCUAAUAUACCCUCCCAAGAUCACGAAGUAUCUCAUAAUUCGGAGCACGAAAUCCAAUUGGUCCACGGGCAUCAAAUUCAGCAGCCUGGAUGCCCUCGGGCUUACGUGGCCGAUGGUCUUCUCAUUGAUGAAGAAGACCUCAUGGACGGGGACAACGAUAGCUGCAUACACGUCCAUGCAUGCAAUCGUGGAGACUCUCUCUGUGGCCUCUGGGUUAAAGCGGACAGACGCUCCAUCAUGCGUCACGGACAGCGGUGGCACGGGGACGCUCGAAGUGGCGGAGACAGGUCAAUUACCUGCCCUUGGUUAGGUUGCAGCAGGCAGAUGCGAGCGAGUGCCAUACCACGGCAUACUCUCAGCGCUCACUUCGGCGUAACAUGGGUUUGCAGGGGCACGGGAUGCUCAAAAGUUUUCAACCGUCACGAUUCCUUCAAGGCCCACGCUGGAAAACGUGGCUGUCUUGGGGCGGGUCUUGGGGCAAUCGUGAGAUAUGACGCCGAUACUUGUGUCAUUAAUAUAAAAAAUGUCUCGAGACAUUCCGAUUGACUUUGGUCAAAAGGACAAAGUAAACAGGGCGGUGUCUGUGACUUCUGCCAUCGGACUUGUUCGUGUCGGGCAUUCGGAUGAGUUCAGGCCUAGACUCUCCAGUUGCACAACAAGUACUUAAACGUCUGAUUAUUCUAACUAUCACAAGCUCCGUAUUCUUACUGGCGUAAGAGUAGUUCCCCCCUUUGUUUGUAUCUUCG